AUGUAAAACUAGUCCCUGAUUAAAGGAACACCAUUAUCAAAUCAAACUGAGAAGCAAAUUUAUAAAAAAGAAAAAGAAAUCCUAAUUAGAUAUUAUUGGAUAAUCAAAUUAGAACUAGAAUCUUUUGUUCCUUUGAAUUUUGUCUUAUGA